CAGUAUAAAUUGGCAAGACGGGUGCGUUUUGCUUCAGUUCAGUUGCAGAAGUGAUCGCAAAUUUGGGAAUUUAGGGAUUCGAGGUGUUCGCUGUUCUCUCACUCACUCAUUCUUGUUAUUGAAGAAGAAGAAGAUAUUCUAAUCGGAAGCUCCCGUCUCUUGUGUAAGAAAGUAGGGAAUUGGUUCGAGACGGUAAAAUGCAGAACAAAGAAGCAGUGCUGGAAGAUGGCCAAGCAGCGCAUGCGACUGAGGUUCCUGAUUGGGGUAAUUUUGUGGAUGAUGACAUAAUGCAGCAGAAAUCUGCAAUUAAUGCUGAGGAAGCCAAGAAAAUUCCAUUUCUCGGCGAUAAGGAACCAAUAAGUAGCUUAGCUGCUGAAUAUGAAUCAGGCAGUCCAAUCUUGCUGGAGAAAAUAAAGGUGCUUGAUGAGCAAUAUGCUGCUAUUCGGCGAACUCGGGGAGAUGGCAACUGCUUCUUUCGCGGCUUUAUGUUUUCAUACCUUGAGCAUAUUUUGCUAAGUCAAGAUCAAGCAGAGGUUGAACGUAUACAAGCUAAUAUUGAAAAGAGUAGGAAGGCACUACAGUCCUUGGGUUAUGCAGACUUGACGUUUGAAGAUUUUUUUGCUCUGUUUCUUUUCUCUCUUUUCCUUAGGGUUUUGUCUGAAUAAACUUUUUAUGAUUACAGUCAUGAAGAACUUGUUUCUAGAUGCCGAGAUCCAUCAGUUUCUGAUUAUGUUGUAAUGUUCUUCAGAUUUGUUACCUCUGCUGAGAUACAAAAGCGUUCAGUGUUUUUUGAACCUUUCAUAAUGGGUCUGACUAAUACUACAGUCGAGCAGUUUUGCAAAUCAUCGGUUGAACCAAUGGGUGAAGAGAGCGACCAUGUGCAGAUUACUGCCCUUUCUGAUGCAUUGGGUGUUCCAAUCCGUGUUGUGUAUCUUGACCGCAGUUCUUGCGAUACUGGAGGUGUCAGCGUAAAUCAUCACGAUUUCAUGCCAGCUGCCAGUGAUCUCCCAAAUGCUAGUGUUAGCGAUGGAAAGAAUAAUCCAUUCAUCACAUUGCUAUAUCGCCCUGGUCACUAUGAUAUCCUCUAUCCAAAAUGAGGGCCUACUCAGGAAGAUCUCCAGUUACACUUUUUGGUGUUGUGGAGCCGCAACAGCUCUGCACUGAGCUAUGUUACUAAGAACGGUCUUAGUCUGUAACUUUGUUAAUGUUGAAUGGUCAAUUUGUCUAGAAGUUUCAUCUGUUUAGUACUGAUUAACCAGCACAAAGUACAUUAGCAUCAAUGCUCUAAUAAUCAAAACUCACUUUGAUGCCUGUUA